GAAGUAUGACCUUUUAUGGGGUAUGGGAGGAGGGAGGAAAACUAUGUUGCAGAUCUUGAUGUGGUUUUUAAAACCAGCCGUCAGAGGCAAUUACUAAAUAAACUGAAGCACAAGAGGAGGGUUUGGGAGCUGGAAGCAGUGCUAGCCUACAAAAGAAAGGUGCAGUGGGCUGCUCUUGUGACUGUGGAGGAAGAAACUUCAGCCUCCUUCGUUUCUCACCACCUACUCUCCACCCACCCUGCGAGAAAAUGAGUUGCGUGCCAUGGAAAGGUGACAAGACCAAAUCGGAAUCGCCAGAGCCACCUCAGCCACCACCACUGCAUAUUUACCAUGAGAAGCAGCGUAAGGAGCUGUGUGCCCUCCAUGCCCUCAACAACGUCUUCCAGGACAGCAACGCCUUCACUAGGGAAACCCUGCAGGAGAUUUUUCAGAGGCUGUCUCCCAACACCAUGGUGACGCCCCACAAGAAGAGCAUGCUGGGGAACGGAAACUAUGAUGUGAACGUGAUCAUGGCAGCGCUUCAGACCAAAGGCUACGAGGCAGUUUGGUGGGACAAGCGCAGGGAUGUGAAUGUCAUUGCCCUGUCUAACGUGAUGGGCUUCAUCAUGAACCUGCCCUCCAGCCUUUGCUGGGGCCCCUUGAAGCUCCCCCUUAAGCGACAGCACUGGAUCUGUGUGCGUGAGGUGGGAGGCACCUACUACAAUCUUGACUCCAAGCUCAAGGUGCCUGAGUGGAUUGGAGGUGAAAGUGAGCUCAGGUAGGAGUUUUUAUUUGUUGGAAUUCUUUUCAAGUACAAUGGGACUCUUGAUCUCGGAGACUGAAGAAACUGAACUUAAUUCUUUCCUUGCCACCUUGGAAAAUUGGGAAGUGACAUCUAUAUAGACUCAACCUCUGCUGAAGUUAAGAUCUGUCUGAUUCUGUGAUACUUUUCUGGGUAGAAUCUAGUGGGGCAAGUUUAAUAUUUGUUUUAUCUUUAAUAAGAAAAUAACUAAACUGUGUGGGUUACCUCCCAUUUCUUGUCAUACUUGCACACCUAGUUGCAGUGAGUUGUUAUAGGCGGUAAUGAAGUUCUGCAUUCAGUAGCGCUUCUUUCUGUUUCUCUUGAUGACAGGAAAUUUUUGAAACACCAGCUGAGAGGCAAGAACUGUGAACUCCUGCUGGUGGUGCCAGAGGAGGUGGAAGCACAUCAGAGCUGGAGAGCUGACGUGUGACCUGGACCGACUCUGUCCUCCCACUACAGCUCUUCCCCUUCACUGAACUCCUGACAUCCUCAAAACCUGGAUCAUGGGUGCCCCGACUCCUCUCAUCUGGAAUUUCCUUUGUUAAGCUCUUCUCUUCCUUCCUUGGUGCAAUAGGGCAAUGGCGCUGGACGUUGUGGGGGGGGGGGGUGAGGGGAGAAUUGAGGGCAGAGUGGAGGAAACUGGAAGUCAAUCUCUUCAAUCACAAAGGCGGGUGAGCUGCCAUAGCAGGUGCUGCGCUCGCUUCUGAAAACUGGGCUUUGGGGCUCCGGGAGCCUCUGGCCACCCUCUCCCCACAGCGUUUGAGGCCACGUGUGGUGGGACUUGCUGGGGAGAAGCAGGGGCCAAGCACACCGGCGCCUCUUCACAAGCUUCUCCCUCCAAAAUAAGUCGUCGUGAAGACCUUUGCAAUUCCUACAGGUCUCUCAGGACACACUUAAACACUAGGAAUGGUACGGUGCUCAGCACCACCCUCUGCUUCCAAGGGGUGGUUUGCGCCAGGAAUUAGGAAACAAUAAUAAAAACAGUGUCAUCUUUCAAGAAACUCUUUGAGGAGCUUGAGGAUUCUUCCCCAGUGUCUCCAGGGAUUGACGUUUGUGGUGAGAAGCUGUUCCGCAGCAUGUGGCUGCUGGUGAAGGUGACAUGGAAACAGCCAGUGCAGGCUCACUGAGGAGCAUCACGUUUCUUGACUGCAGAGAGGCCGUGGUCUGCUCGGGAUUUCUUUGUGCUACAUUGAGUGGUUUGGGGUUCGUUUUUAUUCUCUUUUAACAUCUCUUUUGGUUUUCUGUGUGGUCACCCAGUAGUUUAGGGGCUGCUCAGAGAGAGGAAGAAAACUGGAAGGGUUUUGAGAGGAACUGAUUCCCUAUUAUUUUCCUCUUUCCAGAAGACUAAUGCGCAGUCACGUAUGUUAUGAGAAUGUCCCAGAAAGAGGUAAAGUUACAAAGAAAGAGCUCAGCCGAGGAGGGAAGCCUUUACAGCAGUCAGGUUGUGCCCCUGUUACAGUCACUAGCCAGUAACGUAGGAGAUGCAGAGGGUCCACCACAACCUGCGGGCAUUCAAGACCCCCUGACCCAGUGUUGAACCAACCUCUCCUUCAGCGUUGGCCGACAAACAUUCCGUUAACGGACACAUAGCUUUUUCCUUCCCUCCCUUCCGUGGGGAAGAGUGACCAGGCAUGGAGACAGCAAGAGGAAUCUCCACGGGCUGUUUCUCAGUGUCCUGGCUGAGCUGUAGCUCAGUCAUGCCUUCCACAGCAGGAGGAGGAAACUCCAACUUUGGAACAGACUCCAUUGUGUUCAGUGCUUCCUGGUUCAGCUGCUGUUUGCUUCCCUCCUUGAUGCGUGUGGGGUAACAGCAAAUGCUGGGACAUGGCACAGCUCCAAGGAUGCCACUCCUGACUGCAGGGAGGUCUCCCUUCUGUUGUUGGAGCUUGCGGAAGGAGGGGUUGUAACUACCUUGUCUAAGUUCUUUUUCUCUCGAGAGCUCUGCAAAUGCACGAGCAGGUGCUCAAAGCUGAGAGACCACCAAAGCCUGCACCUUCCUCAUGGAGAACAGAGGCCACAUGGUGAGGGGACGCCGCUGUUUGGGACAUCUGGAAGCAGCGUUUUGCAGUCACAGCCUCCCACAGCCGAGGGCGAAAGGGCCCUCGUGCGUUUUAAAGACCCGACGUUUCUAUAAGAAGUCCUGUUUCGUAACACAUUCCAAUGACCAAUACCAGCUGGCAGAGGUUUUUAAACACUUUCCUACCAGCAGGAUGUGCAGCCUGUGGCAUUCUGCUUGUGACUUGAAGCCAUUUCUUCAAGAAGGGGGAAAACAUAAACUGAAUAAAUCUAGACAGCAAUGUUUUCUAUGCUGAAUAAAGUCGCACUUUGGAGAAACCCCGUUUGCAUGGAAGCUGCGAGCCAACGGCUCAGUGCAAAAUAUGCAAAGAUGUUUUCAACUAUUUUGGGGCUAAUUUCCUCUCCUUGUUACGUCCCCUCCUUUCCCAUGAAGGGGAAUUGGUUUGAUCCAGCUGCUCAGGUAAAGGGAAAGUGGGAUCACAUACCCCACGGGAGGGGAGGGAGCUGUGCAGGCCCGAGGGGGUGGGUGAGGCAGCCCAGUGCCCCCUUGGGAUUGGGGAAGCCCCGCAUUGUUUUCUUGCUUGUUUGGUUUCAUUAGAGCCUCUUGUCUUGGGUUUGUUUACAGAGAUGUAUUUUGUUUAACCAAAUAUUAAAAAUGGAAAAAAAAAAAUUCCAUAUAAAUGUCCUAUCACUUCUGUAUGUUCAAUUGAGUUGUUCUGUAACAAAGGAUGUAAAGGCAAAAUAAAUUUUUUUGUUCUUUGGUUAUAAAA